AUGGAAACUAGCCCCACACCGAAAAGCCUGUUUGUUCCUUCUGAGACCUACGUGAGCACAGAGACGGUAAACCUUAUCGAGAUUAUUCUUGACCUCUUCAUCAACUUUGUCAUCUCUGUCGUGGGCGUGGUCACCAACAUCCUCGUCAUCGCCGUCUUCAUCAAGCAAGGCUUCAGAGACAGCGUCAGCGUUUCCAUGACGACCAUCGCGGCCUGGGACUUGCUGAAAUGUUGGAGCGGCGCCCUGCAGAGGCUCGUGGGUCCCAUGGAGCUGCUGUACCCGCGAGAAGCUCAAAGCUGGAGGAACAUCUCGCACAUAGUGCUGGGACACACCAUCAUUUUCUCCACCGUGGUGACCAGCGCCCUCGCGGCGUACGUGGCUGUAGAGAGAUGUCUCUGCGUCUGUUUCCCCCUCCACGUCAAGUGGCUGCUCACCAGGAAGAUCUCCGCCUUCAUGUGCAUCACCAUUUCCGUGGUGGUCUUCGGCAGUUUUUGCGUCAUGUACGGAGCCUAUGAUUUGGUCUGGGUCUGGAACGCUCGAUUUAACGGCACUGUUGCUAUUUAUAGGUACAGCUCAUUUGCAUUGGCCAGUGAAGGAGAUCUGUUUCCGUACUACAAUAUGAUCGGGAUAGUGUGGCCCUUCCUCAGUUUUGGCGUGAUCACAUUCUGUACCUGCGUCAUCUCACACCGCUUGUACCAGGCCUCCAGAUUCCGCAACAAGCAAAAGGAGCGCGAUGAGAAGAGAGGGCAACUUUCUCCGCGGGACAGACAGGUGGUCAAGAUGCUGCUGGUCAUCGUGGCCAUCUACAUCGUCAGUUUGUUCCCCCGGAUCGCCGUCUACGUUGUAAGGAUUUUCAUCGACGACUUCUAUUUCCUUGGAAAGUAUCACAAUAUGUUUAAGCGAGCGGCCCACAUGGGCUUCUUUAACAACGACGGCGCGGCAUCUGCGCCUCAUAGAGUUGACGAUGUUGGAAAUUUGAUGUUGUGGGAUAGCGUUCCAAGCAUCGUCUCCUAUUCUGUGUUCGUCCUUGACCUCACCAACAGCGCCAUCAACCUGUUCGUGUUUCUGGCCAUGAGCUCCUCCUUCCGGGAAACGUUCUACCAGAUGACCACAGCCAGCCACCCGCCAGCCACCCACCCGCCCAUCAGCGGGUCAGACAAUGCGGGAAGAAAUCAAGAAAUGACCUGA